CCCGCCUGUCAGCCGCUGUAACCCUCCACGCGCCGCUCUGCUAACGCCGCCUGGAGCCCAAGCGCCGCGGCAGUGUGGGAGCAGUUGUAGUGCAUCAAGCUGCAAAAAGCAGCGCUAUUGACAAUGCACUGUCGGCCGCUGCACGUUCGCUAUGGGCCAUGUUCGGGCGAAGGAUUCGGUCCGUCGCUGUGCCGGCCGGGCAAGAGAAAAAUGAAACGCUUCGACCUUCAAUAGUAUGACCUGCAGUUAAUUUAUUAAGAGAGCCAGGAGUGAUCAAAGCGCUGAAGCCUUCUCCGGUAAGCAAGCAUUAUUACCGAGCAGACAGACGAACUGUCCCUCACAGUUCAGCGCGCAACGUGCCACCAAAGGAUCGCCCAGAACCACUGUUAAAACACGCUACCACCACGGCCUCCCCGCGCAGUUCUCAGCCACUAUCGAAACGCCUCUUUGUUUGUCGGCUUACCCGUUUUCUCACCUUUGAUCUUGCCUCAAUCAUCGACAUCUUCGCCAUCAAGAGUGUUUUUUUUUUCGUCGCAGAUACCCUUUGCCUUUUCCUCACUACAGUUGCGCAUUUUGCCACCUCAUCCGCGGUCGAUACGGUUACCCUCAGCUCUUGCGCCGUUCACAACCUUCGCUCACCACCACCACUGCGACUACACUUUAAUUUCCGACCGUUGACUGCGCCCAUUUACUCUGAUCCGAACCGCAGCGAAUGAACAACACCGUCCAUACAUCAUCAUGAACAGCACAGCGCCCCCAAAUCUGACGGUGACGGCGGACAACUAUUCGUCCAUCCCAGUUAUCCUAAGCUGGGUCACUGCUGUCACCUCUAUUCUCGCCGUCGCUGUAAAGAUCACCACAAAGAUUACAAUGUCCCGCAAACUCGCGACCGACGACUAUGGAAUGCUUACUUCAUUGCUCUUUAGCAUCGGAAUGGUUGCCGCGGUUAUUGUGCAAGGUCCCAAUGGCCUCGGAAAGCGAGAAACGGACUUGACAGCCUUGGAGCUCCAACGAUAUCAACAGAGUUCCUACGCCAAAGACGCAAUGUACAUCCUUAGCCUCACAACGUCCAAGUUGACCGUCCUCGUCCUUCUAUACAUGUUGACCUUGAAAUCACUCCAUCGCAACAUGCUUUUUGGCACUGCCGGCUUGAUUGGCCUUUGGGGUCUGAGCGGUCUUUUCGUUUCAUUUUUCCAGUGUUCACUCCCCCAGCCAUGGGCUGUCUUGAGUAGCAAGUGCAUCAACCAGAAUUCAUUCUGGACGUACUUUGGUGUCAUGAACAUCGUAACUGAGUUGAUCCUGACUGUUAUGCCCGCUGUCAUUAUCAAUGAGGUGCAGCUCACCCGGCAAAGAAAAAUCGGCAUCAGUCUUAUCUUUGCCGCGCGAUUCCUCGUACUCGCCCCGAUCUUUGCCGAAUUGUACUUCCGCAACACCGCCUCAUCAACUUCCCCAAACCGCACAUUUGACCAAUGGACUGUCGUCGUCUGCUCCCUCCUCGUUCAGUGCCUCAGCAUCGUCACUGCUUGCCAGCCAUACCUGAAACCUUUCUUCAUUUCGCUAGAGAGUGGUAUGAUUCGCGUUGAUGACACCCGCCGUCGUGGUGGUACUACUCGCCCUGGCUACUACUACCAAGAAAACAAGCCAAACAGCAACGGAAGUUCGAAGCGCAGCAAGACGAAGCCUGAUCUCGAACAAAAUGAAUUGGAUACCAUGAAGCCGCACGCGAGCGAGCCAGACGAGCGAUGGGGAGGAUAUAGCCAGACAUCGGUGGAAAGAGGGUCUCAAGAAGAAGAACAAGUAAGCAUUCAUAGCACGUCGCGCAUCAUUCGCGCCACAACAACAUACGAAGUGUCUUCGAAGGAUAGAGACCAGUAAUGUGGCGGGGGAUCUAAUGGUCACAAGGGGUUGUUCUGUUUUUAUUGUUUUGUAUAUUCUAUUUAGCGAUGAUUUAUGAAAUAUAUACCUUUACCAA